AAUCUUUCUGAACAAUUUUUGAAUUGAGUCCAAUCUCGUGGAAAAUAUCGAAUUUUAAAGUCAGCUUAUUGAAAAUGAAUAAAGUUUUAAAAGAACUUUUUAAAUAGAGAUUUUUAACUUUAACGUUAAAAAUUUUUAUCGUUCUUAUAUUAAAUUCAGUAACUGCGUCUUUAACGGGUUUUUAAGUUUUUUUUUUUUAGAGUUGUAAAUCUAAAAUUAAUUUCCACAACUGCAACUUCAUAAUUAAAUAAUGUUGUUCAAUUUUAUCUAUUUGGACUAAUUAGUUCAAAAAACAUGUUUACUAAUUUAUUAGUAAAAUAUGUAAUUAAAUAAAUAAUUCUUAAUCAAAUUUGAUUAAUUAGUAAACAAAAAAUAAUUUCCUUUUCUAUAUAAUUAUUGUUCAGAUAAUUAUUUUUUAUAAUUAUUAUUUAUUAUAAAAAUGUGUUCUAAAAUGAAAUUUCUUAUACUUUGAACGUUACUUCAUCUGCGCGUGUGGUCUAAAGUUUAGAAAUAUUUAUCAAUGAUAUAUUGCAAAAACAAAAAAAUGGAAUUACAUUUUACAGAAACCUGAUAAGUAUAUACAACAUUAUUAGUCGUAAUUUAUAAUUUUUAAAAAACUUAUAAAAAUUAAUAAUAAAAAAUAAAAAUUUCUAAAUAAAAUAAAAAAAAAAUUUCCCAGAAAAAACUAAACGCUGUAAAUUAAGUUCCCAAUAUUUCUCUUUAAUACACACACGCACGUCAUUUACCAUUAUUAUUCUAAUUUUUUAUUCCGUUUGAACGUAUGUAAUUAUAAGUAAAUUCAUUUUUCAAAUGAAAAACUCAUACAGGAUAAAUAUCAGGCAAAUAAUAAUCAGAACAGUAGAAAUUUAGAAGAGGAAAUAUUUCUUUUGUAAAAAAAAUAUUAUUAACAUACCUUUGAUCGAAGAGGGAGGGGGAUUUCGUUUCCAACUUCCAUUUGUGCAUUUUCUCUUCGUUUCAUUUCUUUCUCUCUUUCUCUCUUUCGUGCUUCCCACUUAUCAUUCUCUCUCAUCAUUCUCUCUUCUUUUUUUUCCUUCUAACUUUCUCUCUCUUCUGGUCUGUAAUUUUGAAAAAAUAUCGUGUCUCGAGUACAAAUUUUCUAUAAAUAUUGACAUUUAAUUAUAUGACAAUUAUAAUAAUAUAUAUAAAAAAAAAUUCGUUUCAGAAAAAACGUAUCCAAUAUUUUUUAUCAAAAGAACCUUUCAAAGAAAUUGACCGCACGCUCAAAUAAAAUGACUAUUUUUUUAAUAAGCUAUAAUUCGAAGAAAGCCCUCCCUCAUAACUUAUUAAAUAAAAGAAUAAAUGAUUUAGUUUUUUUUUCCAACAAAAAAAAAAAGUCAGCGUUUGAUUCAUUAUAAAGCUUCGGGUGAGAGAUGAAUAUAGAGGAUUAUAUGGUUUUUGCUAAUAUCAGAAGAGUAAGUGGACUAUGAAAUAACAUCAAAGAAACAAAAAAUGUUUUGGACAUCUUUAGAUGAUUAUAGUUCGACUUCGAGUAGUGAUUCAGAAGAAUUUGUUGAUUCCAUUGGUACACGAGAUGAAUAUGAAGUUAUUUUAAAAAAAAAAUCCUCCAUAGAAGAAAAUGAAGAUGAUGAAGAAUCAUCAUCAUCAUCAUCAUCUGAAAAGAAAUUACUUUCUAAGGAAUCAAAAAUACUUUGUCGUGCUGAGCCAAAUUCCAGUCCUUUUAUUCAAGAACCAUUGUCGGAAAAAGUUUCUUUACAAUGUUUAAAUUCGAAUGAACGUUUGCAAACAUUAUUAAUGAAAAAAGAUGAAUAUAUACUAAAUUUAAAAAAAUUAUUAUGCUGUCAACGUGAGCAGUUGUAUUUUUUUUUGAAAAUGUCAAUCAAAGAAGAUAUGUUGACGUCAUUCAAGAAUACAUGUCAAGAAACGGAUGGUUUUUAUGAUAAUGAAAGUCUCUCAAUGGCCCUAGAAAGAUUUAAACAGAAAAAUAAUUUUCCAUCCGAACAAACUUUAAUGCGAGAAGAUAUAUUAAAAACCCUCAUGAGAUUAGAAAGAUUAAUUAAACAGCAGAAAAAAUUGGUAACAACAAUGGAAUGUGACUUGACAUGCGGUAAAGGAAAUAAUUCUGCCAUCGAUCUUUACCAGUAUAAGAUUCAUGAAACAUAUGAAAAUAGAUUAUUGCAAGGAACGCAACAAUUGUUUCAAAGUUUAGAAUCUCUGCGAAUUCAAUUAAAACGAAUUGGAUUAAUUGAAGAUGAACGAAUUCAUUUGAUUGAACGUGUUUAUUCAUUACCGUCAAGCCAACGACAAUUGUACGGACAUUUAAUAAUGUUGGAGAAAGAAAAACUUCAAUUGAACGAUGAUAUUGUGAAAUUAAGGGAAAAACGAAAAAAUUUGAAGGGAACCGCCGAAUUUUUACAGGACACUGUUUCAUCAAAGAUUGCAGAGUUCGAUUUGAAUAGAAUCAAACCCGGUCUAGAGACGCAUGUGAAAAUAAUGGAAUUAGUAGAAAAGGGAGAAUUAUCGCUAAUUACAAUGACAAAAGAUGAAAAGGGUCGAUUUAAAAAUGAAUAUUCUCAGCUCUGUGCGGAGAAUACAGAAUUGACGCAAAAAUUACAAGAUUAUGAUAAAAUGAUUAUCGAGCGGGAAGAUUUAAAAAAACAGAUCAAUGUCCUUGUAGAAAAUUGUUUACAAAUGGAACGUGAAUUGAGAAAUUUGCGACGAAAUAAUAAAACUGAAGAAUUAUUGAAUGAAUUAAAAGAAACAUCAACGCACAAAGAUCAAUUGAGAAUGCAACUUGAUAAAAUUGUUAAAGAUGGUCCAUCAGUAUUGAGAGUCUGCGGUGAAUCGAUAACAAAAAUUGUCGAGGAACGCGAUCAACUUCGAUUGAAGCUAACUGAGUACCUUUCAAUGGAUGAAGAUAUAAAACUUUUGAAAUUGAGAGCCGCUCAGUCGGACGUGGAUCGCAAGGAAGCAGAAAAAUUGAAAGCAAUUGUGUCUGAAUUGGAAGAAAUAAAAGUAUCAUAUAUGGCAAUCGUGGAUAAAAAUGGUCAUAAUCUUGAUUUAGUGAAUCCAACGGAUCGUGAAAAAUAUCGAAAUAUGUGUAAAGAAUUAAAUUAUUUAAAGCAAGUGGAAAUUCAAAAUGAAAGACUCAAUGUGGAAAAUUUAAAGAAUCGACAGACAAUAGAGAAACAAGAGACAGAAAUUAAAGAAUUGCUCGAUAUUGUCGACAAAUUGGUCUUAAAUUUAAAAAUAGAUAAAGGAAAGAAAGAAAUUCCUGUGGAUGGUUUGCCGGAGGGUCCGGAUGUUAAGACCUUUCUAUCGCAAGAUGAUAAAAAUAAAAUCGAAAAAAUAAGAGAUAGAAUUCUCUGUGAAGCGCAAAAAACGACAAAAACAAAAAUUCAAGUCGUACGAAAAUUGAAUCGCAAUACAGGUGGACUCAAUGUAAUAAUAAAUAUUUUCAAAUAUUUUCUAAAAUUGGGACUUUUGUUACGCAAAGGUAAAUCUUCAAAAAUGUAAAAUAAAUCUUUUUUUUGUUAUAAAAAAAGUGUAUUUAAAAAUUUCCCAAAAAUUGUAAAUAUAUUUUUUAAU